CUGGCAACCCACGGACUACUGAUCAGUUCCCUGUUGGUGUGAGAUGGUACAAUGAAGAGACGAUGGCUGCCUGCAUCAGAGUAAUAUGGAUGAGAUUGACCACCUUGAUAGCCGCCAUUCAUGAUGGUUCUGCUCUCCUAAACUCUUUCUUUGCCAAAACACACUAAUCUCCCUGUUCGUGCCAUCUGUAGAGAUCAAGUGUUGUAUUUGCAUCAGUCUGCUAGCCCCGUGCUAUGAUUCUACCCACAUCAACUCUCUUUAAUUGACCUGACGGAUAUCACUCAUAACAUGGCCAUCACACAGUUUCGCCUUUUUAAAAUAUGCACCUUCUUAGCAUCUAUCUUUUCAUUCUUGAAAAGACUGAUUUGCAGGACUGGAAGGUCACGCAAGCUGAGUGGGGAUCAGAUCACCCUCCCGACCACAGUUGAUUAUUCUUCACCAAAGCAGCCGGAGAUUGAGGAAUGGAGCUCAUGGGAUGAGGAAGCUCCUACGAGUAUCAAAAUUGAAGGUGGUAACGGGAUAGUUCCACCUCCACAAAAUGAAGGUGAAGAGGAAGAGCCGGACUAUUUCAAAGACAUGGCUCCCACCAUCAGGAAAACACAAAAAAUUGUCUUGAAGAAAAGGGAACCUCUGAAUUUCUCUAUGCCAGACAGCUCCUCGGGUUUCUCCAGCCGACUAGCCGCCACUCAGGACAUGUCCUUCAUUCAGCCCUCUGCGGAGCUGGGGGACCUUGACACCUGGCAGGAGGACUCCAAUGCCUGGGAGGAUGAGGCAGAUGCAGCCUGGGAUGCAGAAGAAGUGCUGAGGCAGCAGAAGUUGGCUGAGAGAGAGAGACGGGCCAUGGAGCAACAGAGGAAGAAAAUGGAGAAAGAAGCACAGAGAAUGAUGAAAAAAGAGCAGAAGAUCGCUGUCAAACUUUCAUAACAUUAAUAUAGCGCACCGGACACUCAAAACAACAGCCAAACAACUGUUCAUAUUACAUUUUACUUUGUUUUGUCCUGCCCUCCACACUGCUGUCUUCAACUCUUCCGGAUAAUUUUUUUUUUAGUCCAUCAGAUGUCUUUUUUGUGUGUGUGUGUGUAUGCGCGUGUGUGUGUGUGUUUGUUUCUUUUGGGAUUUUUUUUAUUUAUGUUUUUUUUUUUUUUUUUUUUUUGCAUUGGACAACACAGCACAAAAAAUCUUUCCUUUCAUUUAUGAGUUAUGACUGUUCUCUGACUAGAAGUUUUUUUUCUGUCAGUAUUUAUAACACUUGAACGAUUUUGUCCAGAAUAAUUUUAGAUAAGGAAUUCCGUUCGUUUUGGUUUGUACAUUUUUUUUUUUUUUUUUUUUUUUUUUUUUUGUUGUUUUUGCCUUUUUUCCCACCUGUUUUUCUUCAUCAAAGUCUUGUAAUCGUGCUUUAAACACUGAACCUCACUAGAAAUGAGUGAUUUCAGUAUUUCAAAAUAAUCAACAAAUUUAUGCAACCUUGAGUUUCUGCUCUCCACAUUCUAUUUAAUCUGGUACCAUUCAGUUUACCUGAUAAUCAUGCUCUUAAUUGUAUAAUUAAGAACUUCAAGACCUUAUAUUUUGAUCUUGAUUUUUAUAAACACAAAAUUGAUUUGGGUCAUCUGUGUAUAAGAGUUAAAUAAUUGUCAGUGGUAAUGGAGAGCAGAGAUGUACAGUAUGUACUGAGACUCGAGGAGAGCGCUUUUUAGAGAUGUGGGUUGGUCGUCAUGGAAACGUUGAAAUUUUAAAAUAUCCAAAUUGGCAACCAAACCAUCUUUUAUCUUUAGUAAGACUGGAAAGAUCAUUAACUGAGAUGAACAUUCACCAUUUAUUUUAAGGGACUUUCACCAGGGGAAUAACUUUGUGUCUUUAACUAUUAAAGAAUUUCCCAUCUCUUAAAAAUAUAUAAAUUGAUCAUGGUUUUUUGAUAAAAUGAUGAUGGUGAGCUGAAAUUAAUCUCUGCAUGCUGUGAUUAUUAAGGAACGAGAAGCCAUGAGAGCCACAUGCACAGAUAAACUGAAUGAAAAACUGAAUAAAAUCUCAUUUUUUGUUAUCAUUUAUGUUUCCCCCUCAUGCAUGCUCAUGCCUUUUUAAGUUGUUUUUACAAUUUUGCACAGUCCAGCCUUAGCUGUAAUAAACAUUUGGAUAUCUG